CACCCCUGUCUUCCCAAUUUUACAGCCCAGGUGCUUCAGGUUUUAGGGUUUGGGUAUGAAUAGUGUUUUUGGCCAAUCAACUGGCCCUUCGUGUUCAGGCAAUACUAGCAAUGAAAUGGGUGAUUUUGAAUGUAAUAUAUGCUUUGAAUUCACUGAAGACCCAAUAGUGACUCUCUGUGGCCACCUGUACUGUUGGCCCUGUCUUUAUAGGUGGCUGCAUAUUCACUCACAUUUUUUAGAGGAAGAGAAGUUGGUUCCAAUAUAUGGAAGGGGCAAAACCAGUUCAGACCCGAGAUUCAGAUCAAUUCCUGGCGAGGACAUUCCUCAUCGCCCUGCAGGCCAGAGGCCCGAAACAGCUCCUCCUCCUGCUCCAGAUGCAAACUAUUUCCGUCAAGAACAGGAUGGAAUUUUGGGAGGUUUUAUGCCUAGGGGGGCUGCAAACUAUUUCCGUCAAGAACAGGAUGGAAUUUUGGGAGGUUUUAUGCCUAGGGGGGCUGCAAACUAUUUCCGUCAAGAACAGGAUGGAAUUUUGGGAGGUUUUAUGCCUAGGGGGGCUGCAAACUAUUUCCGUCAAGAACAGGAUGGAAUUUUGGGAGGUUUUAUGCCUAGGGGGGCUGCAAACUAUUUCCGUCAAGAACAGGAUGGAAUUUUGGGAGGUUUUAUGCCUAGGGGGGCUGCAAACUAUUUCCGUCAAGAACAGGAUGGAAUUUUGGGAGGUUUUAUGCCUAGGGGGGCUGCAAACUAUUUCCGUCAAGAACAGGAUGGAAUUUUGGGAGGUUUUAUGCCUAGGGGGGCUGCAAACUAUUUCCGUCAAGAACAGGAUGGAAUUUUGGGAGGUUUUAUGCCUAGGGGGGCUGCAAACUAUUUCCGUCAAGAACAGGAUGGAAUUUUGGGAGGUUUUAUGCCUAGGGGGGCUGCAAACUAUUUCCGUCAAGAACAGGAUGGAAUUUUGGGAGGUUUUAUGCCUAGGGGGGCUGCAAACUAUUUCCGUCAAGAACAGGAUGGAAUUUUGGGAGGUUUUAUGCCUAGGGGGGCUGCAAACUAUUUCCGUCAAGAACAGGAUGGAAUUUUGGGAGGUUUUAUGCCUAGGGGGGCUGCAAACUAUUUCCGUCAAGAACAGGAUGGAAUUUUGGGAGGUUUUAUGCCUAGGGGGGCUGCAAACUAUUUCCGUCAAGAACAGGAUGGAAUUUUGGGAGGUUUUAUGCCUAGGGGGGCUGCAAACUAUUUCCGUCAAGAACAGGAUGGAAUUUUGGGAGGUUUUAUGCCUAGGGGGGCUGCAAACUAUUUCCGUCAAGAACAGGAUGGAAUUUUGGGAGGUUUUAUGCCUAGGGGGGCUGCAAACUAUUUCCGUCAAGAACAGGAUGGAAUUUUGGGAGGUUUUAUGCCUAGGGGGGCUGCAAACUAUUUCCGUCAAGAACAGGAUGGAAUUUUGGGAGGUUUUAUGCCUAGGGGGGCUGCAAACUAUUUCCGUCAAGAACAGGAUGGAAUUUUGGGAGGUUUUAUGCCUAGGGGGGCUGCAAACUAUUUCCGUCAAGAACAGGAUGGAAUUUUGGGAGGUUUUAUGCCUAGGGGGGCUGCAAACUAUUUCCGUCAAGAACAGGAUGGAAUUUUGGGAGGUUUUAUGCCUAGGGGGGCUGCAAACUAUUUCCGUCAAGAACAGGAUGGAAUUUUGGUUUCAUGGCACAUCUUUUGA